GUUCAUGUGCACAUAAUGACGUCGCUCUGCAAGUCUGUCUGACUCCUUCGCUGUUUUUAUCAGUCAUUCUAUCGAAAGGCUAGAAAAUCGUAAAUCUGCGGAAUUAUGGUCCGAAUGUGAGAAUAUCUGACGCGUUCGAUUUAUAUGUCGCUCUCGAUCGGUGUGUCAAAGCAGUGUCUUGAUGUUGAGGAUUACGAGUGAUAUAGGCUACGCAGCUCAGAGUCCAAACCUACUGUUCGGUGCGUUGAGCUGUCAGAACUGAAACUAGUGGAUGUAUGGCAAGAGAAAAUACAGAAUAGCUCAAGUGGGGGAUAUUGUAAAGAAGAAGAAAUAAGGUACAGGCUUGUUUUCGUGUCUUUAAUCUCUCUUCUGGAUUAUUGCUGCCCAGCAACACAGCCACUUGACAAAUCUGAAUGUCGUAAUUAAGGUGAAUCAAUGACCCAGCGAUGGAGACCAAAAGAUACCCAAGUUUCUUCGAAGGAUCCACGGACACGGAGAAGAACAGAUGGUCCCAUGUCCCCAGCAGUGCCAUGGACUACUGCUGCAGCGAAGCCGAGGAGGCCGACAGCCUGAACCUGAACAGCAACAGUGAUGUCCUGAUGGACAUAGUCAACGUCAGCUGCUCCCCCAGCAGCAACACAGCCGACGGCAAGGAGAGUAACAAUAACAACAAAGAGAAGAAGAAGUUAGAGCAGCAGCCUACUCUCAAACUGACCCAGAACCAGCACCAGCCUUUUGUUCUCCCCCUCUUGAACAGUUCCCUCCAUGGGAGGAAGCCAGAGAUGAUGGACUCCAAGGAGCUCUCCAAAACUGUGGCUGAGUCCAUGGGCUUGUAUAUGAACGCGGCCAGGGAGGCCACGGACUUUGGCGGCUUCGGCCAACAGGGGGGUCAUUGUAGCCCGGGGAAGAUGUACCCAGCGGGGGUUUGCAGGCGCCCCUGUCUCGAGGACAGCCAGUGUGCUGCGUCCACGAAGUCCCCUUCUACGGGGUUCCCGAAUCAGCCCAGCUCCACCCCAGGGGAUUGCUGCUCAUCUGGAACCCCAGCAGGGUCAGCCAUCUUGGGCUUGUCUCUGUCCUGCAGCCCCCAGACGCCCAGCUCCAUCUCCAGCCCCGGAGGCAGCAACAACCUGGUUUCGUCCACCACCAGCCCCACCUGCUUUGGGGGGCCAUUCGCCUGUUCAACCAUCAGUAGCCUCGUCAACCAGCAGAACGCUGCCGGCCCAGCUCUAGCCCACAACCACGUCCACAGGAGGAACUCGGCCACCUGCAGCCCAGCAGGGUCCAGCACGGUGGGGUCGCCUCCGCUCACUAGCCCCCUCAAUGUGAUGCGGUCGCCCAUCUCCAGCCCCCAGAGCAUGAGCAGCGUGCGCUCCCCACCGUCAUGCAGCACCUCUACCAACAUGAGGUCAUCGUCUGUAUCCAGCCCCACCGGCAGCACCAACAACACGAGGGCUUCAUCGUCUAUCUCUAGUCCGACCACCGGGGGCCCCAUGGCGGUGUCCUCGAGCCCCAGGAACCCCUCUGGCAGCGGGGGUGGGUUUGCCGUGUCCAGCCCUGCUAGUGAAUUGGGCCUGGUCCAAAAUGACUCCAACAGUCCAGAGGGACGAGGAGACCAGCAGGACUUCAAGAAGUUUGAGUUCCCCAAGGUGGAGAGCGUGGACGGGGAGAUGUUCAACGUAGGCCUGGACCACAUGGGUAUGGUGAAGUUCAUCAAGAAUGAACCCGACACAGACUAUAGGAGCAUGUGUCUGGGUAACGGUAGCAACAACACAAAGUGUAACCAGGCCACCGGUUGCCCCGGCAACGGCUCACCUUUCAUCAGACAGAUAAAGAGUGAGCCAAACAAAGACGGCGGCGGAUGCAUGAAUCCUCAGUGCUACAGUGAGCAGCAGCAGCAGCAACACUCUAUGGGUCUCUUCCAGUCAGGUCCGUCCGAGAUCACCUACUUGUCUCUGAGGGACAAUGUUGACGAAUACAGUCUCUCUGGGAUCUUGGGACCUCCGGGCACGGAGAUGAAUAGCAGUUACGAAGCCGGCGUGUUCCCCCACAACCUCCUGUCUAAAGUUAAACAAGAGAACAACGAUGGCAGCUACUACCAAGAGAACAACAACAACGUUGUGCCCACGUCGGCCAUUGUGGGCGUUAAUUCAGGCGGACACUCGUUUCACUACCAGAUCGGAGCACAGGGGACAAUGUCUUUCUCGCGGCACGACCCAAGGGAUCAUGGGACAAACCCCUUAUUGAAUCUAAUUUCCCCUGUUACCGCGUUAAUGGAGUCGUGGAAAUCUCGGCCCGGCAUGUCGCAGGGUCCAAGAGGAGAGGGCUAUCCAGGUCAUGGCUGCAUGCCAGACAGCAUGUCAAGGUAAGAAAGAGAUGGAUGCUGCUGCACAACUCCAGGACA